UCGACUCUUUUUUGUCCGGCCCAUUGGCAACAACAAAAAAAACCCCAACCCAACAUGGCAACAAUUCCUCCUUUCCAUUAGUCUCCGCCACGUUCAUAUCCGCCUCUUGCCUCGGUUUCCUUUCUGUCUUCCCUCUCAAAACCUCCACGCCGCGACGCGCAUCUCUACACCAGACGUGAUGGAGCUCGUGACGCCGCCGCCGCCGCAAGACUUCGUGUUCGACGGCGCAUUGGGGAGCACUAACCCGUUCGCCUCCACCGACGACGCGGCGGCGGGCAACCCGUUCUUUUCCGCGGCGGUGACCGCGCCCCCGUCGCCCAACCCGUUCGAGCACCUCCCGCCCGGCGCCUCCGAUGUUGACCCCUUCGACCUCUUCCAGCACUUCACCAGCGCCCCCGCCAGCCCGGCGCGUGCUGCGGCCAUAUACGCGCAGUUCGACAGCGUCGAUGGCGGCGGCCGCGGCGACGACAAAGCAGACGACGACGGGUUCCAGCCCCGCGUGUCCUACUCCACGGUCGCCUCCACCGUGCCUUUCGACUGGGAAGAGAAGCCAGGGAAGCCGAAGCCCGAGUUCGCCAGCGCGACUGCAAUGACGGCGGACGGCGGGGAGGUGGACGACACGGACUUCGACUUCGGCGUCCUUCUCGACAAGGCCGCGCAGACGCAAGAACUGACGACGGCCGACGAGCUCUUCGACGAGGGCAAGAUCCGCCCUCUGAAGCCGCCGCCGCGUUUGCUCGACGGCGGCAGCGUCGGGUCCUCGCCACGAUCGGCAAGGUCAGCCAUUUGGUCUCCCCGGCUACGGAGCCUGGUCGGGCCCGGCAGUGCAGAUUUUGACCCGUUUGCCGCCGCCCUGGCGAAGGCAGCCAAGGCCCCCUCCCCUCUUGGCGCCGGCGGCAAAGACGACGCAGGCGGCAUCGAGUCAGCUUCUUCACCCAAGAAACCCGACUCUGCCACGUCCCCGGCCUCCACUCCUCCGGCCACGAACAAUGGCGGGAGGAAGAAGUGGCGGCUCAGCGACCUCCUCCUGUUCCGGAGGGCAUCAGCCAAAGGCCGCGCCACCGGCAACAUCAGCAAGGACCCAGUGUUCAAGUACUGGCCGGUGCAACAACUUGGCCAGCCGAUCAAGAAGGCAAGCGCGGGUUCCGUGUCGACCAAUGGCGACGUCUCUGCCGGGAAGCGAAAGAAGCAGAGCAAGAAGGCCGCUGCGUCGGCAGCGCCGGAGGACAGCAUGCCGAUGCCCCACCGGCAGAGCGUGAUGGGGUGCGUCCGGCUGCACCCGGGCCUGCACCGGCUGGCCAAAGGGUUCAACGGGCAUUCGGCGCACCUCGGCGGCCCCAGCACCACCAGGUCGGCGAUGAAAGGGUAAAGAUUUCUUGGAAGAACGAUGAACUCCUUGUUUCGGUAUUUCGCUAUUUGCUUCCCACGUUCGUGAGACAGUGUAUAAUUCGAUUCAUUUUUCAGCAUUUUGUUUGGCCUUUUGGUUUACUCUACCCUCAUGUAUUAAAUGAUGAUGAUAGAAGAGAUUAUCCAAUAACACGCUGUUAAUG